UCCGAGUGCCCAUCAGUGGUGCAAUGUCGGGCUUCACAGACUCAUUUCCGCACUUGUCAUACAGGCUGCAGAACACCCAUGUCUUACUCCAGCUUGGCCCACGGCCUGCAAAGCCAGGGAAAGGAAAUGGCUGUGGCAGAGCCAGUGACAUUCUCAGAGGUAGCUGUAUAUUUCUCUGAGGAGGAAUGGGCUCUGCUGGACCCGGGUCAGAGAGCCCUCUACUGGGAUGUGAUGCAGGAGAAUUAUGAAGCUGUGAGCUGGCUAGGAUUUCCAGUCUCCAAAGCUCAUGUGAUCUCUUGGGUAGAGCAAGGGGAGGAGCUGCAGAUCCCAGAUCUCCAGGGCUCUAAGGAAGGGGAGAUCAUCCAUGAUAUCCACACAGGUGAACAAUCAGCUAAACUGACUCAGAAACCAAUUUCUGUGUCUUCAUAGCAAAUCUCACUUGUGCAUUUUCAGCAAGUCUAACUGACACUUCAUCCUGUGUUCAACUCCAGGCAGAGGGUGGGGGGAAAAGUUGGGUUCUCUGCUCUGUGGAAGGGAUAUGAGGAAGGACAAUGAACUCAGUGCAUAGUUAUCCUACUUUUCAAGCCAUUAGCUGGGUGUGUUUCCCCUUUUCUGUUUUCCUUUCACAGUUUUCCUUUCAGCUCUACACAGAGAAUG